AUGCACGAUGCCGUCCAUGGCGCCGUCGCUCCCAAAUGGCGCACUCUGAACACCGCCGUCGGGAUGGCCGCCUCGCUGCCCUUCGUUGGCAUGUACCGAGCCUUCCGCCUCAUCCAUCUCGCCCACCACGCUCACCUCAACGAGUCCGAACUCGAUCCGGACCACUGGGCGGGAGCCGGGCCGCUCGUCUUGCUUCCGCUUCGCUGGGCGACCGGGUUUUACUACUACGUCUCGUUCGCCAUCGAGCGCUCCGUCGAGGAGCAGGUAGAUUAUCCGCAGCGGAAGCCGGGCAGAUGGCGCAACGUCGUCGAGCUCGACCUCGCGGCCACGCCCGCCGUCUACAUGACGGUGCUCUGGUGGGUGUGGGACGUGUCUGCAGUCGCGUUCUGGCUCUUCCCCUUUGUUGGCGCCGCGACCUACCUCUUGUACACCUUCGACUACCUGCCGCACCGCCCGCACAAGUCGCUCGACCAGUACCUCGCGACGUCGGUCACCACGGGCGUGCCCUCGCCCCUCCUCUCCGUUCUGCUGCUCUCGCAAAAUAUGCACAACAUACAUCACCUCGCCCCGUCGGUGCCCUUCUACCGUUACGGCGACGUGUGGCACGUCUGCCGAGAGGAGCUGCUCAAGAGCGGCACCCGCCAGCUGCCCGACCUGGGGUCGGGGGCCGCGUCCACCCCACAUUUGAUCGCGUCAAAAGUCACAAAGCGGAAAACGUGA